AUCACCGUGCCCGUGGCUGUUGACGGCCGCCAAGCGAUGGCCCUCCUCGACUCAGGCUGUGGCCAAACGCUGGUCUGCCAGGCCCUCGGCCCACCAGCGGACGACCACCUGGCGAAGAUUCCCCUGCAGUGUAUACACGGGGAUGUGCGACGCUACCCCAGCACCCGGACCCACCUAACCAUCGAUGGGGUCACCCGGCAGAUGACGGUGGGGCUGGCGCCCCGGUUGGCAUACCCGGUGAUCCUGGGGCGGGACUGGCCCAACUUUAACGCCGUCUUACGCCGCCGGCUUGAGGGGAACCCGCAGGCCACGCCAGCGUUGGGAGGGGAGUCCCCGGGGACUGAGGAGGACGAGAUAGACAACCCCGUCCCCGCCAAUUCCCCGGGGGGGCGAGAAGACCCUCCUCGGGGGGGGGACUCGGCGCCCACAGAUUUCUGCCGGGACCAACGGGCCGACCCCACCCUCCGACGGACCUACGAACAGCUGGCCUCCGUAGACGGGACUAUUCUUGACCCCCAGCGUGCGGCGCAGUGGCCGCAUUUUGAGUUACGACAAGAACGCCUGUACCGCGUGGAGAAGGACCCCCGUACGGGGGACAUCCGGACACAGCUUCUCGUGCCGCGGUGUCACCGCCGGGCGGUCAUGAAACUGGCCCACGAUGUCCCGGCGGCGGGGCACCUCGGGCAUGACAAAACGCUGGCCAGGAUUUUGGGGCGUUUCUUCUGGCCCGGGGUAUAUCAAGACGUAAAGGACUAUUGCAAGUCAUGUCCAGAGUGCCAGUUGGCCGCCCCUGCCCAGACCCCUAAGGCACCCUUGGUGCCGAUGCCUCUUAUGGAAACCCCCUUCGAACGCGUGGCCGUGGACCUGGUGGGGCCCCUCCCGAAGAGCAGCGCAGGGUUCCAAUACAUCUUAGUAAUGAUGGACUAUGCCACCAGGUUCCCUGAAGCCGUUCCUCUCCGGAACAUCUCGGCCCGCACCAUUGCCAUGGAACUGGUCAAGAUCUUCGCCCGCGUCGGACUGCCCCGGGAGCUACUCACGGAUCAAGGGACCAAUUUUACGUCCCGGCUGCUCAAACAAGUCUGUGAAAUCCUAGGAGUCAAGCAACUCCGCACCUCCAUCUAUCACCCCCAGACCGAUGGACUAGUGGAAAGGUUCAACCGGACGCUGAAAGGGAUGCUGCGUCGGUUUCCCCCGGAAGACCUUCGCCAGUGGGACCAGCUCCUUCCACCCUUGCUUCUAGCCAUACGAGAGGUUCCCCAGGCAUCGACUAAGUUCUCCCCUUUUGAAUUGUUAUAUGGGCGACGACCCCGGGGCCUGCUGGAUCUCAUGAGGGAGACCUGGGAACAGGCUCCUUCCCCGGCCCAGGGUCUCCUGCAGUAUGUGCUGCAACUACAGGAGCGUCUAAGGCAGGCGGGGGAUCUGGCACGGGAAAAUUUAAAAGCCGCCCAGGACACACAAGCCCAGACGUAUAAUCGAGGGGCACAGACUCGGGACUUCCAACCUGGUGACCGGGUAUUACUCCUCCUCCCAUCCAGCGAAUCGAAGAUCCUGGCCCGGUGGCAGGGGCCCUAUGAGGUAGUCAGGAAAGUGGGCCCGGUCACGUAUGAAAUAAAUCAGCCGGACCGGAGGAAGAAGAACCAACGCUACCACGUCAACCUCCUGAAGCCCUGGAAAGAGCGAGAAGGGCUGUUGAUCAACCCCUACCCGCCCGAACCGGAACUGGGACCCCAGGUUCCCCUUCCCGGGGACACCGAGGAACCCCAGCUCGGGGAGAACUUAACCGAGGAACAGCUCCGCCAGACUCAGUGCCUCCUCCAAGCCUUCUCCCACACUUUCACGGACCAGCCGGGACACACCUCCCUCGUACACCAUCAGAUCCAAACAGAACCUGGGGUGGUGAUACGGGGGACGACCCGGCCCCUGCCCUACCAUAGGAGACAAGUCGUGGAGAAGGAGGUACGGGCGAUGUUGGAUCUAGGGGUGAUAGAGCCAUCCCAGAGCGAGUGGCGUAGCCCCGUGGUGUUGGUGCCUAAACCCGACGGAUCACAGCGGUUCUGCAUUGACUUCCGCCGCGUCAACGCCAUCUCCAAAUUUGAUGCCUAUCCCAUGCCUCGGAUAGAUGAGCUGUUGGCCCGCCUGGGAGGGGCCCGCUAUAUCACCACCCUGGACCUGAGUAAGGGCUACUGGCAGAUCCCCCUAGAGCCCGCCUCCCGUGAGAAGACUGCCUUUGCCACCCCCACAGGUCUCUAUCAGUUCACCAGGAUGCCCUUCGGCCUCCACGGGGCCCCGGCCACCUUUCAGCGCCUGAUGGACCGCCUCCUCCAGCCCCAUCAAGAAUACGCGGCCGCGUAUUUAGACGACGUUGUCAUCUAUAGUCCGCAAUGGGAGACCCACCUGGAGAGAGUCGCAGCCGUCCUGAGAUCCCUGCGGGAGGCCGGCUUAACCGCCAAUCCAAAAAAAUGCCGCAUCGGCUGGCAAGAGACUAAGUACCUGGGACAGACGCCUCGGAAGUGGGACUCGGGGCGGUCUUAUCCCAAGACGUAGGGGGCGAGGAACAUCCCGUCCUAUACAUUAGCCGGAAACUGUUCCCACGCGAAAAGAACUAUGCGGUGGUCGAGAAAGAGGCCCUAGCCGUGAAGUGGGCGUGUGAAGCUCUCCGCUAUUACAUCCUGGGAGUCCCC